AUGGAGUAUGCGCGUUUCCUUUCGACUACAUUGGCAUGGGCGAUACUAGUCGUGCUGAUGGCUCUCAGUCUGACACCUUCGUCAGCCGCAUUCAACUUCGCAAGCUCCGAGGCCGGAAAAGUGCAGUGGUCGCUCGACUGUGACUGGGUCGGCAACGACAUCGGCCGAGCCGCCGGCAAGGGCGAGACGUGCGGACAGCAGUGCCUGAGCCGCGCGGAUUGCACGCAUUGGACGUGGAGCGCCUUCAACGGCGGCACGUGCUGGCUCAAGGGGGCCAUCAACGCGACUGAACUGGUCGCCGCCACUGGCACGUCGUGCGGUUACCGCGUCGGCGACAGCGCGACUGGCAACCCGUACACGGGAGUUCAGCCGUACCUCAACCCUGGGUAUGUGGCGAGCGUGAAAGCCGCGGUGCGCGCCGCGCUUCCCUCGGAUGCGCCGUUUUUCGCGAGCGUGGCGCAGUAUGCGACGGCUGUGUGGCUCGACACGAUGGCGUCCCUAGAUUCCAUCCCCGGCCACCUGAGCGACGCAGCGACUCAGGCGGGCGGCAAGGCGAUUCUCGUGCAAUUCGUGAUCUACGAUCUCCCGGGCCGCGACUGCAAGGCGUGGUCGUCCAAUGGGGAGAUUCCCAAGGGCGGCCUCGACACGUACAAGACCAAGUACAUCGAUGUUGCCGUGGCGCGCCUUAGAAACAAGGCGGCGAACGUGCGUCUGUCGCUCGUGAUCGAGCCCGACUCGCUGCCCAACAUCGCGACGAACAUGGGCACGAAUCGGUGCGACGCGACGACGGACAAGGAGUACACGGAGGGCGUCGCGUAUGCCAUCGCGGAGCUCUCGCAGAUCCCCGACACCACGCUCUAUCUCGACUCCGGCUUCGGCGGCUGGCUCGGGUGGCCGGAGGGAAUGAAGCGCGUCGUGGCGGUGUACAAGAAGGUCCUCGCGCGCGCGCGGCAGAUCCGCGCGAACGCCAAGAUCCGCGGCUUCGCGUCCAACGUGGCCAACUACAGCCCGCUCUUCGCCUCCAGCUGCCCGGCGCUGGAGAAGUGCCCGCUCGUGAAGAACCCGAGCACGGGCGAGAUGUGCUACGACUGGAACCCGUGCAUCGACGAGAACCGGUUCACGGCGCGCAUGAAUGCGUACCUGGGAGCCGCUGGACUGCCCACCAGGUGGAUCGUGGAUACGAGCCGGUCCGGCCGCGCUGGCAUUCGCAAGCGCUGGGGGUCGUGGUGCAACGUGAAGGGCGCGGGGAUCGGACAGCGCCCCCGCGCGAAUCCCGGCAGUGCUCCGCAACUUUUUCCACGUCUCUUCUUCCCCCAUAUCUGCAUAUCCUCGUAG